GCAAAUUGACACUCCCAACGACCGAGGGGGAACUAGAAAAGAGGGAAAGACAGCAAAAGCAAGAGAAGACGACGUGAAUUUCCGAGACAGGAGGAUAAGCAAAAACGAUGUCGUUAUGUUGCUUGCUGUCGACUCCAAAAUCCAUGUCUCCCUUCCCCAAAAGAUCCAAAAUCUUCGCCCAUGGCUUCAUCAGAGCUUCUUCUUCUGCUGACGUCCCUGAUUUCCUUUCCGCUGAUUGGCUUGACUCUCGAAGGAAAAGGCCUUUUGGCCCAAGGCUAACUUUUAGUGCAGAAGAAGCUGUCAAACACCAACUUGAUGCAUUGAAGUAUAAUGACCAACCUCGACAGGAUUACGGGAUCGAGGUUAUGUACAGGUUUGCUGGAUUUGAUCCUUUUGAAAGGUCUAAAUAUUUUGGACCCUUCUUUGAUCUAGGACAGUUUGAACGCUUUAGGCGAAUUUUUCAUCAUUCAACUUAUCGAGUAUUGCUUGGUCACAAGGAGAGAAAGAUCUUGAGCAGUUUGUUUGUGAAGGAGAACCGAUUCAAACAACGGGUUUGGAUACUUGGAAGUCGCCCAGAGGAGGAAGAAAUAUUUGAAUUUACAAUGGUGCAGAGGAUUGGUGGUUCAUGGGAUGGUUAUUGGUUGACAGAGAGUUUACUUCAUGAUGGAGAUGCAUUUGCUGGUGGUUUGGCUUACUGAUAACAAUUAGAGCAGCUACUCUGAAUUAUUUGUGUCCAAUAUGUAGAUAGUGCAAUAAAUCAUCACCACGUGUAUCAGGUCCAGCCUUGUCAAACAUUGUAAAUUUGAUCCUGUAUAUGUGAAGUAUAGAGGUUAGGGAGCUGCAGUAAUUGUUGGCUCCUUUGUUCAUGUUUUUCAUCUAUUCCAAAUGUCUCCUAGUUUUAUUUUUUCA